AUGGCAUCUUCCUCAAACAACGAUUAUGAUGAUGAUUUUGAAGACGCGUUUGAUGGCAUAUUUGAUCAAAAAUUUGACGAGGCUGUCCAAGAAGUUCUAGACCGUCAAACAAGAGCAAAGCAGAAGAAGAAGCGUGCGUACAUUGAAAGGGAACGCGAACAAGGCCACAACCGUCUGUGGAAUGAUUAUUUCGCUGAAGAUGCAACAUAUCCUCAUCAUCUUUUCCGUCGCCGUUUUAGAAUGAACAAGGACUUGUUCUUGCGCAUUGUUCAUCGCCUAUCUACUGAAGUUCCAUACUUUCAACAAAGAAGAAAUGCGGCUGGCAGAUUUGGUCUUUCCGGUUUACAAAAAUGUACAGUAGCUAUCCGUAUGAUGGCAUACGGUUGUGCGGCUGACGCAUUUGACGAAUAUCUUCGUCUAGGUGCAAGUACUGCGUUGUUAUGUUUGGAAAACUUCACUGAAGGAAUAAUUAAUUUGUUUGGUGAUGAAUACUUGAGAAGACCCACUCCAGCCGAUCUCCAACGCCUCCUCGAUGAAGGACAAUCACGGGGAUUUCCCGGGAUGAUUGGAAGUAUUGAUUGUAUGCAUUGGGAGUGGAAGAAUUGUCCAACCGCUUGGAAAGGACAAUAUACGCGUGGUGCUGGAAAACCGACAAUCGUCUUAGAGGCAGUAGCAUCCUACGAUCUUUGGAUCUGGCACGCGUUCUUUGGGCCUCCAGGUACAUUAAACGAUAUUAAUGUACUUGAUCGUUCACCUGUUUUUGAUGACAUAUUACAAGGUCGAGCUCCAAAAGUGCACUACUGGGUUAACGGAAAUGAAUAUCGUUUGGCGUACUACCUUACGGAUGGCAUUUAUCCUAAAUGGGCAACUUUCAUCCAAUCAAUCUCACUUCCUCAAGAUCCUAAAUCUACGUUAUUUGCUACACGUCAAGAGGCAGUCCGCAAAGACGUCGAACGUGCUUUUGGAGUUCUCCAAGCUCGGUUUGCGAUUGUAAAAAACCAUGCUCUUUUCUGGGAUAAAGAAAAAAUUGGCAAGAUUAUGCGAGCGUCAAUCAUUUUGCACAAUAUGAUUGUGGAAGACGAACGAGGUACCCACACUUUAGUAGAUACAACACAAUUUGAUCAAGUUGAAGGAACUAGAACUUCACAUGUGGAUAUGACAUAUUCUACAAAUAUGUCUACAAAUCUGAACAAUGUGAUCAGCGAUCGAAUUCAAAUCCGAAAUGAAGUUCGGGAUAGGACAAUGCAUCUUCGAUUGAAAGCCGAUUUAGUGGAACAUAUCUGGACCAAAUUUGGUACUUUUGAUAUUUAG